AUGGAUCCCCCGCAGUCACUCGUUUCGCAAAAGCCCUCCGACUCUGGAAUCCACGUCCAGGUGCAUCCACUCGUGCUCCUCACCAUUUCCGACCAGAUCACCCGGUUCGCCGCACGACAGAGAAAAGUUGAAGGUAGUACGAUUAUUGGGGUUCUGCUAGGCCAGCAGAAUGGACGGCAGAUCACCAUCGACCAUGCCUUUGAGUGCGAUGUGCCGCGUGGAGAUGACACUGAGGUUCUUCUCCCUGAGCCGUGGUUUGAAGAGCGAGUGAAGCAGUUCAAGGAUGUGCACAAGGCCCCUUCCGUUGACCUGGUGGGCUGGUGGUCAAUUAUGCCGCCCACUGGCCCUAGCACGGUGCAUCUUCCUCUCCACCGUCAGCUUCUCCAGACGCACAACGAGAACGCCGUUUUCCUCGGUUUCCAGACCACCCAAGUAAACUCCGAUUCGCGCACCGCCAAGCUUCCCUUGGCUAUCUAUGAAAGCGUCCUCGAAGGAGAAAAUGCUGCUGAUGCUCCAAAGGACAUGCAGAUCGACGGCGAGGAACGGAACAUGAGUCUCCGCUUCCGUGAGUUACCAUAUGCCGUCGAUACUGGCGAAGCAGAGAUUAUUGGGGUCGACACCAUUGCCAAAGGAUCUGGAACCGCUUCACACGACGAAAUGCGCACUCAGAAAUCGAACUUGUCUACGGGAAAUGAAGAAAACGCAUCAGUUGGGCUGUCCCAGGACGAAGAAGAAUUGGUUGGUAGCCUCAAUACCCGCAUCAACGCCGUCCGUACCUUCCAAGACCGGAUCUCGAACAUCAAGGAUUAUCUCAUCAGCAUCGAACGUGGCGACGUACCGCCAUCGCACCAUAUCCUUCGCAGCAUCAACUCUCUCAUGUCUCAGCUCUCCAUCCUGGCUCCGGACGAAGGAGGCUCUUUUGCGUCGGAAGUUCUCGCCCAACAGAACGACGUCGAGCUCGCUGCUCUUCUCGGCCGUAUGGGCGAAAACAUCAAGGAAAUCCGUGAAAUGGGCCGUCGAUCAGCUACUAUCCAGUCAGCGCGCCAGACGGAACAGGCUCGCGCGCAUAUGGGCCCCGGCAAUACAUCUGGAGAUUUGACCGGCGAGUUAUUCCGUCAAGAUAUGCCUCGCGGAAGAGGAUAG